UUCAUUCCCAGUGCGAGAGCGCAGACAGACUGGAAGCAGCCAUGAAGGGACUGGGAUCCGCCGGCCUGGCCUUCCUCGUCUGGGUCACUGCGGUGUCCGCGCAGACCGAGGGAACAUGUGCAGCGAAUGCGACGGAUCGACAGCAUAUUAAAAACACUUUCUCAGACACUUUGGCCCUCCUUAACGGAUGCCCUGGGAUCGGCGGACCUCAAGGGCCCGAAGGCGACCAGGGGCCACAAGGCGCUAAAGGAGAGAGGGGGUUUCCGGGAGCUCCCGGUGAGCUGGGAUUAGACGGAGAAAAUGGGUUGGAUGGACCGCCGGGAGUGAAAGGACCAGAAGGAGAGAAAGGAGAUCGGGGGUCUAAUGGAGCCAAAGGACCAAAGGGUACCAAAGGCGAAUCACUUGAAGGUCCAAAGAGUUGUCAGGAGCUCCAAGAUAAAGGUUGGGUCCUCUCCGGCUGGUACACUAUUUACCCAGAUGGCAAGAGACCCCUGAGGGUCUUGUGUGAUUUGGAAACCGAUGGCGGAGGUUGGACCGUCUUUCAGAGACGUUAUGAUGGGUCUGUGGACUGGGACCGUAACUGGGGAUCGUACAAGAAAGGUUUUGGGGAUCUUCAGAGUGAGUUCUGGCUGGGAAACGAAAAUAUCCAUCAGAUGACAUCUCCAGGAAAUUUCCAGCUGAGAAUCGAUUUGCAAGACUUUGAAAACAAUCGCGCCUACGCCGCGUACGACAACUUCUUCAUCGCAGGAGAAGAGGACAAAUACAGCCUCCAGAUUGGGAGAUUUACUGGGGGUAACGCAGGAGAUGCGUUUCCGUCCCAAAAUAACAGACAUUUUUCCACCAAAGAUCAGGACCAUGAUUUGGAUGGAAAUGCAAACUGCGCGGAAGGCGGGGGAGGCGGCUGGUGGCACGAAUCGUGCAAAUCGUCCUCGCUCAACGGAAAAUACCGACAAAAAAAGAGCAGAGGCUCCGGAGGCAUCAUCUGGGCGACCUUCAAAGGUCCCAACUACUCUCUCAAGGCAUCAGAAAUGAAGUUUCGCCCCGCACAAUGAAUGAAUGAUAAUAUUGUUGGAUUUCGAGAGAAUUCCAGAAUAUAUAAUUGUCAGAUUUCGAUU